AUGGCGACAGAAAGUUUAGCACCUUUUAAUGCGGAUGCAAUAUCUCCGGAUGAGGUCCGCUCAAUUGAAAUUUAUGAGAUGCAACUGGGUCGCGUUCAAGCGGGUCAGAUGCCAGAGGAGAUUUUCCUCGAAUUUAGACUCCGUCACGGUGUUUAUGGACAACGCGACAACGGUUCACAGAUGAUUCGCGUAAAAAUUCCAUUCGGCGGUCUAAGCGCGGCACAAACUGAAAUGCUUGCCGAUGUUGCUGAGGAAUUCUCAGAUAAUAUUAUUCACAUCACGACUCGCCAAGAUGUGCAAUAUCACUAUGUCGACAUUAACAAUACGCCAGAGCUCAUGCGGCGAUUGGCUUCUGUUGGCAUAACAACCAAGGAAGCGUGUGGCAAUGUGGUUCGGAAUGUCACCGCUUGCCCACUUUCUGGCGUGUGCAACGACGAGCCGUUUGAUGUAACGCCUCACUCCAAGGCACUGUCCGCUUUUCUGUUGGGACAUCAAGAUACACAAGAUUUCGGACGUAAGUUCAAGAUCGCGUUUUCCGGAUGCCAUGAACACGCUUGUGGCUUAGGAUAUAUGCACGAUAUCGGUGCGGUUGCGGCGAUUAAAGAGGUCGAUGGAAAACCGAAGCGUGGGUUUAAGUUGCUUGUGGGGGGCGGUCUUGGCGCCGUGCCACAUCAGGCAAAAGUCUUGACGAGUUUGUACCUGAAGAGGAAUUGCUACCGAUUUCGCAAGCGAUUGCAAAGGUGUUCACUCGCUUGGGCGAGGCGUAAAAACCGUAACAAAGCACGGAUGAAGUUCGUCGUAGCAAAACUCGGCAUUGAAGAAUUCCGUCGUCUUGUCUUGGAAGAACGUGAACAGUUGCGCCAUGACCCCGCAUGGACAGCUUAUCUGGACGACCUGAAUGCGUAUGACGAAGCACCACUGAAACCACCGACACAACUCAACGGCGCAUCAAAGCCAGAAGGAUUUGAUGCCUGGCACGCCACGAACGUGCGUCCGCAACGACAGCCGGGAUACGCAUGGGUCAAUAUCACGCUGCCGCUCGGAGACAUCACCGCGGAUCAGGCGCGGGCAUUGGCUGAUAUUUCGCGUAAAUAUGUCAAGGACACCAUUCGCACAACCGUCGAGCAGAAUCUUGUUUUGCGUUGGGUCAGUAUGAGCGAUUUGCCUGCCCUCUAUCAGGAGCUCAAGGCUAUCGGUCUGGGCGAGUCGGGCGCCGAAAGCACGGUUGAUAUUACAGCAUGUCCUGGCACCGAUUCCUGCAAACUGGGUAUCUCAUCUUCUCGUGGGUUAGCUGCUCACUUGAGGAAUUACUUCCUCGAAACUGGUGUGAACGAAGAGAUCCAAGAUCUGCGGAUUAAGAUCAGCGGUUGCCCCAACUCAUGUGGUCAGCACCACGUCGCAAACAUCGGGUUCUUCGGUUCAUCAAGACGUAUGGGGAAACACAUCGCCCCAUAUUAUCAGCUAAUCUUGGGCGGUCACGCUAUUGAGAAUGGGAGUGCUUAUGGACUUGCCGCUGGAAAAAUCCAUGGCAAGAAUAUUCCGCAAUUCAUCGAGCACUUUGACCGGGAAGUAUCUUGA